AUGCCGCAGACACCUCGUGCGGAACGGCCGUCCCCAAAUAUCCUUAGCAGCUCCGCCGCCCCGGAGUUGACCUUCUAUCCAGCCUACACGUUCAAGGCUUCAGCGACAUGGUUCAGCUGGGUCAAACUGCCGGCACGCGACAUUCAUUUGGUCCUACAGCCUCAUAAGAAGUAUGCCGACAUCGCCAUUUCCUCCGUGGCCCCGGAGCGUUGGGGUUAUGGUGGUGGUGGUAGCCGAGACGAUGCUCCGUUGCUGCUUUUCUACUUGAACCACCCCAUCCAAUUCGUCCAGGUCGUCGGCGUGGUCGUGGUUUUGGAGGACUACUUUGAGAAGUUCUGGCUAUUUACCGUCGAUGAUGGUAGCGGGGCCACCAUCGACGUGACAUGUCGGAAGCCCGAGAAAGAGGCCGAGGCCGGCAAAGGCAAAUCAACCUCCCAAGCUGCCAAUAGACCCACGGAAGAACAAUGCCUCCAUGAAACCCUGUCGGCCCUCCAGAUCGGCACGGUCGUGCAAGCCAAAGGUACAAUCUCGACCUUCCGCUCCACGCGCCAGCUGACCCUCCUCCGCCUGUCGAUCGUUCCUGAUACCACCCACGAGAUGGCUCUGAUGUCUGCACGCACAUCAUUCAUCAAGUCCACCCUCUCCAAGCCCUGGGUGCUGUCGCUUGAUGACCAGAGGAGACUGUCCCGGGAAGCACGGGAUGACAGAGAGCAAGGACACCGCCAUGCCGCAAGGAAGAGGGAGAGACAGGCUAAACUCCAAGAGCGGGAGCGCCGGCAUGCAAGAUUGAUACAGGAGCAGUAUGAAGCAGAAGAAAAGCAAAGGGCAAAGGCUGCCGACGCUACGCGGCGGGCGGGACACGCGUUGCGGGAGCACACUGUGAAACAUUGA